UGGAAACAUGUCCUUACUAGGAUGAGAUGUUAGCGAGAUUGACAAUUUGGCUCCCAGAUAAAGUAAUUUAAAAGUACUGAACGACACAGAGCCAGGUGCUAAUAAAGUGAUGAUGUAUUUAUUUAACGCAGCCUUUAACAAUCUUGAAAAGCCAGAAAGUAGACAGGACCACUUUUUAAAAUUGUAUCUUUAUCUUAAGAGUGCCUAGAGAAGACGUCCGUCAGAGACAAACAUUUUACAGCCAUAUUAAAGAUAUAUACUCACAGCUAGUUAAACGUACAGUUCCACCACGCAUGCGCAGUACUAUGAAGUACUUCCUGAAGUCUAACAGUGAGUGAAGUGUACAGUGUGCAGAGGUGUCUUGCGGUGGAGGACUUCACAGCUCAUUGCGGCCGUUAAGCGUGAUGCCAAGUGUCGGCCAACUCAUGAAGGUGUUUGUGACGAGACGCAUCCCGCAGGAGGGGAUGAAGCUCCUGUCAGCGGCGGGAGUGUGUGAGGUGUCUCUGUGGGACUCGGAUGAGCCUGUGCAGAGGGCAGACCUUCUCAAAGGUGUGCAGGGAGCACAUGGUAUUCUGUGUCUGCUGUCAGACAAGAUUGAUGCCGAGGUUCUGGAUGCUGCAGGGCCAAACCUGAAAGUAAUCAGCACCCUGUCAGUGGGAUUUGAUCACAUGGCAAUGGAUGAAAUAAAAAAACGUGGUAUACGUGUUGGAUACACUCCAGAUGUCCUGACUGACGCCACAGCAGAACUGACAGUAGCUCUGCUGCUGGCCACCGCUCGCAGAUUACCAGAGGGAGUGGAGGAGGUCAAAAAUGGAGGCUGGAGCUCGUGGAAGCCUCUCUGGCUGUGUGGUUACGGUCUUUCUGGCAGCACAGUCGGAGUCAUUGGACUUGGACGCAUUGGCAUGGCCAUUGCUCGGAGACUCAUGCCCUUCGGAGUGAAGAGGCUGCUUUACUCUGGAAGAACAGUUAAGGCAGACGCUGCUGAGGUCAAAGGAGAGUUUGUUCCCCUGGAUACACUUGUGUCUGAGAGCGAUUUCAUAGUCGUUUCCUGCUCCCUGACGCCUGAAACCCAGGGGCUGUGUGACAAAGCUUUCUUCAGCAAGAUGAAAAACACAGCUGUCUUCGUCAACUCAAGCAGGGGAGCUGUGGUGAACCAGGAUGAUCUGUACGAGGCUUUGACCAGCGGACAGAUCGCUGCAGCUGGACUGGAUGUCACAACACCGGAGCCCCUCCCAACAGACCACCCUCUUCUCACACUUAAAAACUGUGUGGUGUUGCCACAUAUCGGCAGUGCUACUUACUCCACCAGAGGCAUCAUGGCAGCACUGUCAGCUAAAAACCUGCUGGGAGGUUUACAGGGCACAGACAUGCCCAGUGAACUCACCUUCUAGCUCCUGAAGCCAAGCCGCUGUGCCUCCCCCAGUGAUGCAGUAACAGAUACUGUAAAUGUAAUGUGCUGGUCUAGUAAAGGUCUCCUGUGUGAGAUCAAAGUGAAGGGAUGGAAAUAGAAGAAUACUAAUGUAGUUCAGAAAUACUCUUAUACAUGUUUACAUUCUGUCAGUUGCAUCUAGAUCAUUUUAUUUGAUCCUGUCAUAGUUACUAAUAAGAUGCACUUUUGAAGAAGGAAGUGUCAAGUCAACUCAAAUGUAUUUAUAUAACCCAGAAAGGUUUUCUUAUCGCAGACAUGUAACCAAGUUCUUGUAAAGAGGCUAAUGAAAUAACUGGCAGCGCUCCAUAAAGGGACAUAUUGUGUAAAAACUAUUUUUUUCAGUGCUUCUGCACAUAUUUGGGUGUCUGGAGUGCCAACUGUGAAAUAAGGUAACUCAUUCAGUAUUUUGUGGCCUGCCUGAAUCAGAAAACUUAUUUCAAGAAGGCAUUCAGACCAUGAAAAUUUGCAAAAUAUGCCCCCUUAAACAUUAGUUCAUUAAAAAACUCUAUACAACCGCAAAAAACAUUUUCUACUGUGCAUUUAAAGUGUUUCCUUCAAAUUAGAAUGGUUUGUUCUGUCUCUCACCCUAAAUGUAAUGCUUGCCUUUAACAUUAUCAUUAGAUUUAUUUGUCUGCACUUCUAUACAGAUAAUAAUGCUCCAAAUAAUGUUACAAAACAGAAAAACACUCCAGUCUAUUUUUGUCUGAAAAAUAAAAACAUAUGCCUUAGUUUAAAUGUAAUUUUCUCUGUGUGUUUAUUUUAGAAAUAGAUUAAGAUCAAUAAAAAAUACUCAAUGCAUAAUUUAUUUUCAUCAUUAUUAUGACAGCAGUCAAAAAAACAAAGGUGUUUUUUUUUUAUAUUUUCAGUGCAUUCAUAUCAGUUUGGCAAAAUGUGUAUCUUUUUCAUUUCAUGGAAUAAUCCUUAAAUAAAAAUAUGGUUGAGAGCUUGAAAUAAAAUAAUCUAAAAAGAAA